AUGACAGAAAGUAAGUAAGUAUAUAUUAUGAAUAGUAAAAAUGUAUUGUAUAUUUAAAUAUCUUGAACAUUUUUUUUAUUUUCGGGAAACUGAUUUUAAGGCAACAUGAUGUUAUCAAUUUUUAAAAAUUAUUUGGUAAGAAAUUCAGGUCCGCUUAAAGGCUUCGAAGUGAAGAUAUUAAAGGAUGAAGAUUACGAACAAGCACGACAUCUUGUGGAAGAUACAGAGAAAUGGAGUCUGGUGUACAAGAAGAAGCAGACAGAAGUGUGGACUCAAGAAAUGCCAGAAUCUACCUUUAAAAUGAUCAAAGUAAAAUAUUUAAAAGUAGUAUUAUCUCUUAGUGGUUUAAUAACUUAGGAAUGGCAUUUCACGUUUAUCUAAGCAUAGUAAAAGUUUUUUUCUAAUAAAUUAACUACAACCUUUAGUCACAAUGUUACAUGUAAUGUAUUUAUUUAUCGAGGGCAUCAUAGAGUCAUUCUUUUUUAAAUUUUAAUUUUUAGACCAAAGCUGUUCUCAACGUAUCCGCUGAAGUAGUGUACGAUGUGCUACACGAUCCAGACUACAGGUCAACGUGGGACAAGUACAUGGUGAAGAGUGAAGACAUUGGUAUCUUGAACACGAACAACGAUCUAUGUUACUAUGCUCGUAUGUUUUUAAAUUUUAAAGCUUACAAAUGGCUUUCUAAAAGUUUGUACGAUUUAUCUCUUUUGCUAAUUUUUUAGUUUUACGUGUAAUUUUUGCCUCUGUUUCAGUAGCCUCCGUACGGCCGAUCAAAAGUCGAGACUUUGUGAUGCAGCGAUCGUGGCUGGAUACGGGGAACCAGAAGUUCAUUUGUACGAGAUCUGUUUGGCACGAUGUAAGUGACGUUAAUUUGGAUAUUCCCUGAAGGCAAAUGUAGGUUCCGAUAUUAUUCGUGGAAUUUGGUGUUGUUAUUCACUCGUUUUGUGACAUUUCUUGUCAUUAAGGCUUGAGAAGAUUGAAUUUCCAGAAAUAUUGGCUUAGUUAACGCUAAUUAACAAACACUAAAACUAUAGUUGUUUACAUUAAAUGGCAAAAAGUUAUUUUUAAAAUCAUUGCAAUAUUGUUUAGGAUUAUCCCCCCCAGCAAAACCUUUAUCAGAGGCUUUAUCUAUCUGACAGUUUAUUACAUCAAAGUUAUUGAUGACAACUCUUGUGAAGUCACUUACCUUACCCAUUCUGACCCUAAAGGUAAAAUUAGUUUAAAAAUUCUAUCGUAAUAUUAAAAACUGUUGAAAUGACACGCUUUCUAUUAUGUUAUUGUAGGCAAACUGCCGAGCUGGUUGAUAAAUCACAUAACAAAAAUAAUAGCGCCGAAAGUGCUGAAGAAGCUACACAAGGCCUGUGUCAACUAUGAAUCUUGGAAGCGACACAACAAACCGCUUCAGAAGCCGUGGCGAUAUCCGGAACAAUUAGAAGCCGCGCCUCGAGCAGACUUGGCCAAGUGCAUGGCCAAGGACGUGGUUCAAGAGCUGGUCGACGAAACCGGCUUCAAUCCCGAGGAUUUGAACGACGAUUAA